UCCGGGUUCGCUUGCCUCGUCAGCGUCCGCGUUUUUCCCGGCCCCCCCCAACCCCCCCGGACAGGACCCCCUUGAGCUCGCCCCUCAGCUGCCACCAUGAGCGACCAAGAUCACUCAAUGGAUGAAGUGACAGCUGUGAAGAUUGAAAAAGGUGUUGGUGGCAAUAACGGGGGUAGCGGUAACGGUGGUGGUGCCGCCUUUUCUCAGACUCGAAGCAGCAGCACAGGCAGUAGCAGCAGCAGUGGUGGCGGAGGAGGGCAGGAAUCCCAGCCAUCUCCUUUGGCUCUGCUGGCAGCAACCUGCAGCAGAAUUGAGUCACCCAAUGAGAACAGCAACAACUCCCAGGGUCCGAGUCAGUCAGGGGGCACAGGUGAACUUGACCUCACAGCCACACAACUUUCACAGGGUGCCAAUGGCUGGCAGAUCAUCUCUUCCUCCUCUGGGGCUACCCCUACCUCAAAGGAACAGAGUGGCAACAGUACCAAUGGCAGCAAUGGCAGUGAGUCUUCCAAGAACCGCACAGUCUCUGGUGGGCAGUAUGUUGUGGCUGCUACCCCCAACUUACAGAACCAGCAAGUUCUGACAGGUCUACCUGGAGUAAUGCCUAAUAUUCAGUAUCAAGUAAUCCCACAGUUCCAGACUGUUGAUGGGCAACAGCUGCAGUUUGCUGCCACUGGGGCCCAAGUGCAGCAGGAUGGUUCUGGUCAAAUACAGAUCAUACCAGGUGCAAAUCAACAGAUCAUCACAAAUAGAGGAAGUGGGGGCAACAUUAUUGCUGCUAUGCCAAAUCUACUCCAGCAAGCUGUCCCCCUCCAAGGCCUUGCUAAUAAUGUGCUCUCAGGACAGACUCAGUAUGUGACCAAUGUACCAGUGGCCCUGAAUGGGAACAUCACCUUGCUACCUGUCAACAGCGUUUCUGCAGCUACCCUGACUCCCAGCUCUCAGGCAGGCACGAUCAGCAGCUCUGGAUCCCAGGAGAGUGGCUCACAGCCUGUCACCUCAGGGACUGCCAUCAGUUCUGCCAGCUUGGUGUCAUCACAAGCCAGUUCCAGCUCCUUUUUCACCAAUGCCAACAGCUAUUCAACAACUACCACCACCAGCAACAUGGGAAUUAUGAACUUUACCAGCAGCGGAUCAUCAGGGACUAGUUCUCAAGGCCAGACAUCCCAGAGAGUUGGUGGGCUGCAAGGGUCUGAUUCUCUAAACAUCCAGCAGAACCAGACAUCAGGAGGAUCACUGCAAGGAAGUCAGCAAAAAGAGGGAGAGCAAAGUCAGCAGACACAGCAACAACAAAUUCUUAUUCAGCCUCAGCUAGUUCAAGGUGGACAAGCUCUUCAGGCCCUCCAAGCAGCACCAUUGUCGGGACAGACCUUCACAACUCAAGCUAUUUCCCAGGAAACCCUCCAGAACCUCCAGCUUCAGGCUGUUCAAAACUCUGGCCCCAUCAUCAUUCGGACACCAACCGUGGGGCCCAAUGGACAGGUCAGUUGGCAGACCCUUCAGCUGCAGAACCUUCAAGUUCAGAACCCACAAGCCCAGACAAUCACCUUGGCCCCUAUGCAGGGUGUUUCCUUGGGGCAGACUAGCAGCAGCAAUACCACCCUUACACCCAUUGCCUCAGCUGCCUCCAUUCCUGCUGGCACAGUCACUGUGAAUGCUGCUCAACUGUCCUCCAUGCCAGGCCUCCAGACCAUUAACCUCAGUGCAUUGGGUACUUCAGGGAUCCAGGUGCACCAGCUUCCAGGCCUGCCUUUGGCUAUAGCAAACACCCCAGGUGAUCAUGGAGCUCAACUUGGCCUUCAUGGACCUGGCGGUGAUGGAAUACAUGAUGAGACAGCAGGUGGAGAAGAAGGAGAGAACAGCCCUGAUCCCCAACCCCAAGCUGGUCGCAGGACUCGGCGGGAAGCAUGUACAUGCCCCUAUUGUAAAGACAGUGAGGGGAGGGGCUCUGGAGAUCCUGGCAAAAAGAAACAGCACAUUUGUCAUAUCCAAGGAUGCGGCAAAGUAUAUGGCAAAACCUCACAUCUCCGUGCACACUUGCGCUGGCAUACAGGGGAGAGGCCAUUCAUGUGUAAUUGGUCAUACUGUGGGAAGCGCUUUACUCGUUCGGAUGAGCUUCAGAGACAUAAACGUACACAUACAGGAGAGAAGAAAUUUGCCUGCCCUGAGUGCCCUAAGCGUUUCAUGAGGAGUGAUCAUCUGUCAAAGCAUAUCAAGACCCACCAGAACAAAAAGGGAGGCCCAGGUGUAGCCUUGAGCGUGGGCACAUUGCCCCUGGACAGUGGGGCAGGUUCAGAAGGCAGUGGCACUGCCACUCCUUCAGCCCUUAUUACCACCAAUAUGGUAGCCAUGGAGGCCAUCUGUCCAGAGGGUAUUGCCCGUCUUGCCAACAGUGGCAUCAACGUCAUGCAGGUGACAGAGCUGCAGUCCAUUAAUAUCAGUGGCAAUGGUUUCUGAGAUUAGACGCCCAGGGCCAGAGACAUAUGGGCCAAUACCCACCAAGCCCGGGAUGCAAGGUAGCAUGGGUCCAAGAGACAUGUGGAAGAGAGAGCCAUGAGUCAUUCAUGUGCUUGGUGAUAGGAAGAAUUGGGAGAUGGUACAAAAGAAGAGAUGGGAUCGUGGCACCCAUCUAUGUCACUGGUGACUCCUUGAAAAUGGAGAAUAUUAGUGAAAAUUCUGUUGGUGCCACUUUUUGAUCAGCAUUUAUCUCAUCCCAGGUUCUUCUUACCCUUCUUACCCAGCCUCCUCUUCCUGUUUUUCCCUCUUAGCUCUCCCAUGAUGGAUCCCCCCCUUUCCUAAAGCCAUCAUGCCUUGAUAAAUAUAUAUGAUCAUUGAAAUACUUUUUAACAAAAACAGAUUCUAUAUUAUAUAUAUAUAUAUUAAAAAAUAUAUAGAGAUGCUUUCACAGGGGCUGGCUGGGAGGAGGAAAAAGACCAUUCUGUGACCAAAAUACCUUGGUCUUUUUUUCUUUUUCUUUUUUUUUAUAUUGCCUUAUUUCUCAAUGGCUGAGCCUUAUCAUGACACAUCAAGCUUUCCUAUAAAUGUUGUCCUGGCAUCCCACCAGAGUAAGCAUUCAUACGCUCUGCUUCAGUUCAUAUAUACAUAUAUAAUGUGUCUUCUUCCUUAAUUUUGUUAUUUUAUUUGGGAUCAGCUCCUUGCACUCCUUUCCUGACUCAGUCCUUUUUGUCUCACACCCUUUUCUCACAUGAUCAUUUCCUGUGUUGUUUUUGACAGUGAUCCCUGGAUUAGGCACUUCUGUUAAUAUUUUAAAGACGUUAGUUCCAGCAACGGAGUGGAAAAGCCUUGAAGUGUAGCUAUGGAGGGAGUGUUCAAAUACUACUGACGCAGGCACAUUAGUGCUGGAGAGUCAAAGCCAUCUCCCUUUAUUAGUUGUUCUACACAUCAGAAGUAUUUUCUGUGGAAUUGUGUAAGAGGCCCUUUGAAGGAGAUACACUGUCAAAAUGCUCAAAUAGUAGGCAGCAGCUUUCAGUAUGAAAAAGAUGUUCUCAGAAAAGGAAAUAACUCAAUAGUCUUGGGUUCAGAAGUUAGUGGAAUUAUUCGGAUUUCAGUAUCAUUGUCUUCCAAAUAACUCUCAGCCUCACAGAAUGGCCUUCUGAGUUCACACUCUGAAAGGAAGUACACUUCCUCUUUUGAACAUUUCUGUAGUUCCUUCGUAUUAAUGUUUUAAUGUUUAGGAGCAUCAGCCAGGGGAUCUGUUUGGACUUUCCAUUCUGUAGAGUGCAAAACUUGUGCCAGUGGCAAAAGUGGUUCUUUAAAAAAAAAAAAAGUCCCCCUUAACUCUUCCUUACAUGUACUUGGGUGGUUCCUAAGGGAAAGGGAAGCACACAAUCAUGGGAACGAUAGCCCAGAACAAAAAGAAAUCUUGUCUUACCACUGUGGAUUUUAGGAGAAAUUGGGAGAAAUUAUCCUGCUUUCUCUAUGGCCUGAUUCCAGAAGAGACUGAUCCAAAAAUUAUAUCGGCAGGGAAACUCAGUGCAUUUUACACUGAGACUUAAAUGCAACCAGAAUUGUCCUCAAGGCCCAGCCAUUAAAGCAUUGUCUCUCUUGACCUUCUGCUAUCUUGUCAGAGAGCUUUUCACUGUGAGGAAGUAUGGAAGUGGUUGAGUGUAUGUGUGGAAUCUAUUAGGUUGGGGAUAGGUUUUCUGUUAGCCAAUAUUUAAAGAGACCUGCAAUAAAAAAUUACCCUGAUCUGAUAGAGAAUCUAAAAUGUUUGUGUAUGACUGUGUGUGAAUGUGUUUGUGCCUGUAUAUAUCUACAUGCAGAUGAGAACUUAUAUUUGAAAUUGUUGGAAAAUAAAUUCAGAUCGAAAUGCCUUUCAGGUCCAUUAUCUAGAAAUUGGUCAUAAAACUUGGGUAUGUUCCUAAGGUCAGUUCUCUGCUUGUGUUAAAUUGGUUAACAAUUAUGGGGUGGGGGGAUAUCCUAGUGCACUUUCUAAAAAAAGAAACUAUUUUUGUGUUUGAAAAUGAAAUCAACAUCCAAAUCUAUAGUGGAUUCCUUAUUCUAACUUCUUUAUCUUGGCUACAAAUAGCUUAUAGUGUUAUUAUACAUGUUAUGUAAAUUCCAUCUAAACUAGGUUCUUGUUAAGUUUACGGUGUUGUUAGCCUGAAAUACUAACAUUAGUUUAUUCCAUUUGGUCCUUUCUGUGCAGACUUAAUACUGUUAUCAAGACUCAGGAAAUAUUUCAAGGGACUUUCCCCAAAUCACAUGUUAUUAAUGUUGAAGUAAACGUUACCUGUCCUUAGCCAUCAUCACACCUUUUGUUCCUAACGAAAAGCAGAACUCAAACUUAUUUUACAUUUAUAAUCAUGUACUUUGGCAUCUCUGGAGGAAGAGGGCAGGAUAACUCACUGGAAUGUGCAGUAUUUUGCUAGAAAAUUGAAGGAGUAGAAUCUUGUUUAGUAUGAGGUGAUUAGAUAUAAGCUGGCCUGGUGUUGCUGAUGACCGUAAAAGCCUUAUAUAAGUUAAGGAUCGGAAGGUGUUUUCUCUUGGUGAGAAGCUGAUGAUUUACCCUCAAGGUCUGCUACAUUAACAUUAACAUGAAUUAAUUUACAUCAGAUUCUUUCUGCUUUUUGAGUUUCCUUCUCCAGUGUCUUAUUGCCCAUAAAAUGGAAUCAGUUUCUGCUCUUAUCUCCCUGUCUAUGAACCACUCAGCCUUUUUCACAGUUAAGAGAUUACAUUACUCCAGUCAGGGUAUUGUUACUGAAAGGGAACCUUUCCCAGAACUUUUGGCCAUCAGAAUUUAACAUAAUUGGCUUGCAAAAGGAUUCUAAAAUUCUCUUCAUUACAUUUGUUGUUUGGAAUUUUUUUGUUUGUUUUCUUUCAUCGAGAUAGGGUUUUACUCUGUAUCCCAGGCUAGCCUGGAAUUCACUAUGUAACUCAGACUGGCCUUGAACUUUGAAUAAUCUUUUUUGCCUCCUAAGUGUUGGGAUUACAAGUAUAUGCCACUGUGUCCAGCCUUCAUGAUUUUUUACCUAAUUUUUAAAAGAAAAAUGACUAUACCUUGCAAAGUGAUAGGUGACCACCAAUGUAAUAGUCUUGUUUUUUGUUUUGAAAUAGGUCUUUCAAGGUAUCCUUGGCUGGUCUGAAUUUAUAUGUAGUCCAGGCUGCAGAGAUCUGUCCACCUUGGCCUUUCAAGUGUUGGGGCUACAAAUGUAUGCCACCACACGCAGCAGAAAUAGUAAUCUUAAACAUUCAUUUCCUUGUCCUAGGCUGCCCUUUAUAUUCAUCUACAAAUUGUUUGACUGUGUCAUCUUUUUCCACCAUCUUCCUUCAGGGACCUCCCAUAGGCACUCUUUUUGGGGGUGCUAUUCAAAAUGCAAUAUAGUGGUUCUUUCAUAGCCUGGUCUCAGAAUAAAUAGACCCUUUAAUCACAGAAAGUAUAGACUGAAGUAUGGGAUGAAGGUGUUAUAAUUUGGGGAGGGUGGGAGACUAAAGCUGUAAUUACUAUGGCUGAUUUAUUUCUACUAUAUACAUAUAUUUUUUGCUUUUGUAUAUCCGAUAUAGAAAACUAAGCAUUGUAUUUUUUUAACAAAUCUGAGAAAGCACUAUGAACUGCAGGUGUUGACUUUCAGAAUAUAUUUUGUAUUGUUAAUACUUCACAUUAUGUGAAUACUGGAAGCUGCAGAUCUUUGUAAGCCGCAAUAAAAUUGGAUACUUUUUGAGGGGUUCUUUUGGAGGUGCUAAUCAGGCCUCUGUUACACUUUGAAGGAGCCCUGGUGCUACAAGAUUAAAGUUUUCAUUCAAUUUUAAGUGCCCUAAUGUCUUUUUGGACCUUGGGAUCAGAUGAGAAGUGAUUCGGAGGUCAGGUACUGAGAAAGUGACGAUCGUGUCCCUGCCUCAGCUGAGGGCCUCUUUGCAUGGUUUUACUUUCCAUAGACAAAGUUGGGUAACCUCUUCGGGCUGCCAGGAGAAAUAUUAGAAAUCUCAGUUUGGUCUUCUCUCAGAUGAGCCAGUAACUUAGAAGGAUAAAGGCAGCAGCAGUUGCUUUGGGAGAGGAGGGUAUGGCAUUUUUCCAACCCGGAAAACAUUGCUUCGAUAGCUGCUGAUAAAACAUGGGCAGGUUAUUACUUUGGUUUAGAAAGGCUGUGUGCCUCUCUUGGCUCUGCUCCGGGGGGUACAGAUCUUCAUCUAGGAGGAUGAGUAGAUCAGCUUUGAGGUUGAGCUGUUUCUUUUCUUUGUCUGCCUUCCCUAAAUACCAUCCCCCAGAAAAGACAUUAAGCAGCCUUUAUUUUAAGUUCCUACUCCCUCUUCCAGACUUGGCUCAUGUGUUGUAGAUUGAAGACUGGGAAGAGAAAAGAGGGGGAAGUCUUUGGCUCCAUUCCUUCCCUAAGUCAUCUCACUUCCCAAACUCAGAAGGAUUUCUCCACAGCACUCAUUUGAGAGAGUGAAGCUUUUUUUUUUUUUUUUUUUCUUUCAAUUUGCUCCUUUAUCAAACAGCCUAACCUUCCUUGUCUUGGCUGAGAGAGUACAGGGACUCCUCAUCUGUCCUGCUCCAAAUCCCAGCUCGUGGAGAUUGAGGAGCACAACAGGUUAGGCUGGGGCUGCAGAUGGAAGAGACUUAGGUUCAUCUGCUUGGUUGUGUGCUUUCCUAUAUUUUGCCUUCAGGAAUCACACUGUGCCUUCUCUACCAGGGAACUGAUUCUGUCUACACAGCUUUUCCAGUAACUGCUCUUGAAAAUUGUGGAUAAUGGCAGUUCUUCCUAUUUCUGAUGACACUUUUCUCCCAGUAACAUCCUAAUACCCCUUACCUAGCUAAAGACUAGGCACAAAGUCAGAAUAUGUUGAUAAUGAUCUGAGGAAGCCAAAGGCAGCUGCCCUAGGGCCUGCUUCCCUCUCCCAAGUCUGUCAUCCCAGGGCAGAGGAGUAGUGCUCCACUCUGGUGCCUAAAACCAGUUUAUCUUUCUUGAUACUGGCAAUAACCAGUCUCUGUACCACUGUUGCCUUUAAGCCUUUAAUCUCACGAUGUUUGUUGUGGGUUCCAAUCCAGUUGUCACCAGGGCUGUGAGGGUAAAUACUUCUCAAGUCACUCACUUUCUCCACCCUCACUCUUGAGUGUGUAUGAUGUUAAUCUCUCGUCUUCCUGCUCCCUUUGUAUCUUCCUCGUCUCUCCCCCCACAUUUUUCCCUGGGUGUUUUGGGGUCUCAGUAUCUCUUUCUCUAUAUCUCUAUCUCCGUCUCCACCUUUUGUACAAAGAUUAGUUCCAAUGUAGUCUGUAGCUCCUUUGUAAAACAAUUAAAAACUUUUUUAAUAAA